AGUAAUGGGAAUGUGAAUGUCCAUUCUAGUAAUGGGAAUGUGAAUGUCCAUUCAAGUAAUGGGAAUGUCCAUUCUAGUAAUGUGAAAGUCCGUUCUAGUAAUGGGAAUGUCCGUUCUAGUAAUGGGAAUGUCCGUUCUAGUAAAGGGAAUGUCCGUUCUAGUAAUGGGAAUGUCCGUUCUAGUAAUGGGAAUGUCCGUUCUAGUAAUGGGAAUGUCCGUUCUAGUAAUGGGAAUGUCUGUUCUAGUAAUGGGAAUGUCCGUUCUAGUAAUGGGAAUGUCCGUUCUAGUAAUGGGAAUGUCUGUUCUAGUAAUGGGAAUGUCCGUUCUAGUAAUGGGAAUGUGUGUUCUAGUAAUGGGAAUGUGUGUUCUAGUAAUGGGAAUGUCUGUUCUAGUAAUGGGAAUGUCCGUUCUAGUAAUGGGAAUGUGUGUUCUAGUAAUGGGAAUGUCCGUUCUAGUAAUGGGAAUGUGUGUUCUAGUAAUGGGAAUGUGUGUUCUAGUAAUGGGAAUGUCUGUUCUAGUAAUGGGAAUGUCCGUUCUAGUAAUGGGAAUGUCCAUUCUAGUAAUGUGAAUGUCCAUUUGAGAAUGUCUGUUCUAGUAAUUCUAUUUCUAUGUGUGGCACUCUGCCAAACCUUCAACUCCCAGUGACAGGAGUGUGUGACCGUGUCAGUGUCUGCCAGACUUUCCAGUGACAGGACACUCAUCCCUCUUGUCUCUUCUCCAUCCUUUGACAGUCAGUCAUCCCUUCCUCUGAAAAAAGAUGUUGAUAUGUGCUGGUCUGACUGGACUGGGGACGUUACCCAGGGACUUAAGAAGUAAGAUCUGUCAGACACACAGCAUUGAUUGCACAAAGAAAAGAAACAGACAAAAAUAUUCUGUCUCUCAAGCUUGAAGGGAAUUUGUUAGGGUUGGAUGAUGACAGUUUACUGAAGAGGAUUUCAAAUCUUCUUCUGGUGCUUUCUUUUCUUCUGUCCUCCUCCUCCUCUUCCUCCUCUUCCUCCUCCCUAACCAAAACUGUCAACAGCUACAGAAUUAUAUUUCUGUCCCAUAAUGAAUUGUUUAGUGAAGAAGUUACUCUAGUAAAUAUCUUCCUGUACCUUUGACCUUUGAGGCUGGUUCUACAAAAUUGAAGAAGACAGAAGAACAAUUAUAGCACCAACUUUAAGGGUUGAAUUUCCACUGCAAUGUUCACUCAAAGGCUCUAUUCUGUCCGGAUCUCUGAAGAGUUACAGAUCUCUGAAGAGUUACAGAUCCCUGAAGAGUUACAGAUCUCUGAAGAGUUACAGAUCCCUGAAGAGUUACAGAUCCCUGAAGAGUUACAGAUCUCUGAAGAGUUACAGAUCUCUGAAGAGUUACAGAUCUCUGAAGAGUUACAGAUCCCUGAAGAGUUACAGAUCUCUGAAGAGUUACAGAUCUCUGAAGAGUUACAGAUCCCUGAAGAGUUACAGAUCUCUGAAGAGUUACAGAUCUCUGAAGAGUUACAGAUCUCUGAAGAGUUACAGAUCUCUGAAGAGUUACAGAUCCCUGAAGAGUUACAGAUCUCUGAAGAGUUACAGAUCCCUGAAGAGUUACAGAUCUCUGAAGAGUUACAGAUCCCUGAAGAGUUACAGAUCUCUGAAGAGUUACAGAUCCCUGAAGAGUUACAGAUCUCUGAAGAGUUACAGAUCCCUGAAGAGUUACAGAUCCCUGAAGAGUUACAGAUCUCUGAAGAGUUACAGAUCCCUGAAGAGUUACAGAUCCCUGAAGAGUUACAGAUCUCUGAAGAGUUACAGAUCUCUGAAGAGUUACAGAUCCCUGAAGAGUUACAGAUCUCUGAAGAGUUACAGAUCUCUGAAGAGUUACAGAUCUCUGAAGAGUUACAGAUCCCUGAAGAGUUACAGAUCCCUGAAGAGUUACAGAUUACGCAAUAUAAAUGUAAAUGUAAGAUUGAGCCGACAUAAUGCAGCGUUUACCGUGAAUGCAGUAUCCACUAACGCAGGAACAUUACCUUUACAUUUCAAUCGCGAUGUAACGCUGAACCUCCGCUGUACGUACUGAAUAGAGCCCUUAGUCUCCCACUGACGUCAAUGCAUGGCCAAGUGAAAAUUCCAAAUGUUCCCCUAGAUAAGACUUAAUAAAGUUGAAAAUUUAAAUAAUAUGGAUGUGUAUUCUCACAUUUUUGAAGAGCAAUCAUGUGGUAUUCCUUUAUGUUCCCACUGAAACCAAAAUAAUAUGUAAAUUACAUUUUGAAAAUGUAUGCAGGUUUGCAUUUGUACGUAUUCAAAGAAAACAUGAGCAUUAAUUAAGAUACAAGACUAUAUUUGAUGGGAAAUGUUUUGAUGUUUUUUCUGUUUACUGAUCAUGAUAGCCCGUCCAAUCAAGAUAUUUUUGAAAAAUAAAAUGAUGAUACAAACUGUU